ACCUUAGAGCCUUCCGCGAAAAAGCGCCCUUCCUGGUAUCACUCAUUCUCUUCCAAAAUACGCAUGUGCACGAAACGCUUCCGCGAAGUUGUUGUAUCUUGUCUGUUUUCGAAAUAAAUUAGGAUUAUCAACACUUCACUGUCAGGAAGAAUGGAAGGGGCUAUGGCACCAGGAAUGUUAUCUUCACUUUGUGACAUACUGAAACCUCCUGAUGAAGACUCUGAUAGUGAUGAAGACAAGCCAGUGUCAAGUAUAGCCCAGUUAAACCCAGGAAACAUUGGGGCUGCAAGUAAGCCCAGCAAGGGUACUGAGGAAAAGAAAGUUGAGAAGAAUACAAAAGAUAUAUGGGACUCGGAAGAAAUUCAGGAGGGUGCAGAGUUUGAAUCUGUAUAUGAUCCUCGACCACAACCAGAGUAUGAUAUAAUACAUAAGCAGGCUGUAACAUCAGAGGACAUGUUUCUACAGAUGGGGAAUAAAACACCAGCAACAGCUUCCUGUGAAGAUAUGGUGGUGAAGAUAAAAUUACCAGACACCAAAAUGGCUGAUGUUACACUAGAUGUGAAACCUAAGUUUUUAGAUUGUAGAACACCGAAAUAUUUCCUUGGAUUACAUUUACCACAUCCAGUUGAUCAUAAAAGUGGUAAAGCACAGUGGGAUGGUAAAACAGAGACAUUGAGUGUUACACUGAGACUGAAAAGGGAAUAUGACUUUAUGAACUUUUGAUACCAAUGUUAUACAAGUGGUAUAGAGAGCCGUGAUGUGUUCAGAUGUUUCAGCAACUAAUAUUGGAGGGAUUUUCGAGUAUCUAUCUUAGAUAGCUCAUCGGUCUUUAAAAGUCUGAUAGACACAUGAUCUCAGUAUGAAUGCCAUACUAACUGAUGAAAAGAAAGAAGAACUUUAUAAUAAACCAAGCUGAAAAUAUAAGGUUUUUAUGUUAAUUGAUGACCAACUUUACGCUUGUAUUAAGGUGUCACAUUAUUUACACUUUGGAGUAGUAAUACAGUUGGAGCACACAGAGGCACAGUUUACUGUCAACAUGUAUUGCUUAUUUUAUUUUUACAUUCCAUUUAUGACACUUUUUUAUCCGUCCAGAUUAUAUUUAUUUAUUUACCAGUAUUUGAUGAAAUAAAUAUUAAAAACAGA